GGGCCCCGCGGCGCUAGGGGCCGUCCGGGCCCCCCGCCCCGGGCCGGUGGCGGCGGCACGGGGAUGCUGGCGCUGGGGCAGAUGGACGGCGCGCCCCGGCAGGGCGCCUUCCUGCUGGGCAGCCCGCCGCUGGCCGCCCUGCACAGCAUGGCCGAGAUGAAGGCGCCGCUGUACCCCGCGUACCCCCUGCCCGCCGGGCCCGCCUCCUCCUCCUCCGCCUCCGCCUCGCCCGCCUCCGCCUCGCCCUCGCCGCCGCUCGGCUCCCCCGGCCUCAAGGCGCCCGCCGCCGCCGCCGCCGCCGCCGCGGGCGGGCUCUCGGCUCUGGGCACGGCCCCGCCGCAGCUCUCGGCCGCCACCCCGCACGGCAUCAACGACAUCCUCAGCCGGCCCUCCAUGCCCCUGCCGGGCGCCGCGCUCGCCUCCGCCUCGCCCUCCGCUUCCUCGGCGGCGCCCGCCGGGCUGCUGGCCGGGCUGCCCCGCUUCGGCAGCCUCAGCCCCCCGCCGCCGCCGCCGCCCGCCCUCUACUUCAGCCCUGGGGCCGCCGCCGCCGCCGCCGCCGUGGCCGCCGGGCGCUACCCCAAGCCGCUGGCCGAGCUGCCCGGCCGGACGCCGAUCUUCUGGCCGGGGGUGAUGCAGAGCCCGCCGUGGAGGGACGCCCGCCUCGCCUGCGCCCCCCAUCAAGGCUCAAUUUUGCUGGAUAAGGACGGAAAGAGAAAACAUACGAGACCCACUUUUUCUGGCCAGCAGAUUUUCGCUCUGGAAAAGACUUUUGAACAGACGAAAUACCUGGCGGGCCCGGAGCGAGCCCGACUGGCCUAUUCCCUGGGGAUGACGGAGAGCCAAGUAAAGGUCUGGUUCCAGAACCGGCGGACCAAGUGGCGGAAGAAGCACGCAGCCGAGAUGGCGACGGCAAAGAAGAAGCAGGACUCGGAGACGGAGCGGCUGAAAGGCGCCUCGGAGAACGAGGAGGAGGACGAUGACUACAACAAACCCCUGGAUCCCAAUUCGGACGAUGAGAAGAUAACGCAGCUCCUGAAGAAACACAAGCCGGGGGGCGGCGGGCUGCUGCUACAUGCCCCGGAGGGGGAGGCCUCCGUCUAGCCUGCUUCGCCCGCCGCCGCUUUCGGAGAUGUACAGAUCUAUUUUUCUAGACUCUACGCGCCCGGGAGGAGGAGGAGACGCCGGAGGGGGAGCAGAGAGGACUGCGGGCAGUGGGCCCCGGCGGGCGCGCCCGGUCUCCGGCCCCGCUGUCGUUGUAGGGUGGCGGGCG